CUCAAUCCAAAGAGGAGGACCCAAUCCCCCCCAACCACCCAGGAGAUCAUCCAUUGGAGGCCGAGAUGGUGGAGUGGGACCUACAUGCUUUAAAUGUGGUCAGCAAGGUCACUUUGCAAGCAACUGUCCAAGCUCUGGUGGUAAUGCGCCUGCUGCUUCUGGCAGAGGCAGAGGGACACAGACAGGGACGGGGGGCAGCAGACAAACAUCAAAUGGUGCCGUCAUGGGAGAUAAUAAUCCAUCACGAGUGGCAAGGCGUGCGCAAAGCAGCCAAGUGGAUGGGCCAGGGACUGGCACGGGAAGGGGCAGGGGAAGGAACAGAGGAACAUCCACACAGGAAGGCGCUGGCGAAGGUGGUCGAGGGCGGAAAAAAAGGAGGACUUCUGAAGAUGGAUCCUUGAGGAGCUCCGGGAGUGCAUCAACCGUUCAGGUUGUUUGUGAAUGUGGUCAGCCUUGCAUUCUCCUCACUGCCAACACUGAGGCCAACCGUGGCCGCAAGUUUUACAAGAGACUUACACGUUUGGAAGCAUUAAGGGUUCCGCACGUGUUCAGGACCUUGGACGAGGGAGAAGAAAGACGGCUUCGUGCCGAACGUAGAGCCCGUGCUCUAGCAGCAGGACUACAGGAAGCAAACAGAGUAGCAAGAGAGCGGGCAACAGCAGCCAGAGCAGCAGCAAUGGUUAACGGUACCAGCUCUGCUGCGUCAUCGUCUGCGUCCUCGUCAGGGACUAGUGGGACUCAGUUGGGAAUGCCACUGAGUUACACGAGUUCCUCGGGCACUUCCGGUUCAACAGGGUCUAAACAGUCUUCCAGUCAAAUGGCGGGCUCGCAGUUCAGCCUGUUGACCCCACGUGAGAGGGAGCUCAGAGAGAUCCAGCAGGUCGAGAGGCUCCCCCAACAGUUAGAGGAGGAUAUGAAGAAAGCAACCGAUAGAGAAAAAGAGAGAAAAAGUAGAGCGGCCAGACUUGAUACGUUAGAGGCUGACAAGGCUGCGUUAGAGGGAUUGGACGAAUCGAGUUUGUCUGACACCCUGAAAGUGUUGAGGGACAACAUGUUGUCACUGCAUGCGCACGUAGACAGCAGGAUGGACUUCAUGCAAAGCACUUUGGACCAGAUCCUGGAUGCAUUGACAAAGCCAGGAUUCCGGCCACCAGCACAAUCGCGGUUGUCGUUAACAGCGAUGUCAGGCCCCUUUGCCGACGAAGUGGUAACUGCGGCGUCUUACCUUGAGGGUAAGGCAGCCAAGUGGUUAGAUGGUGUAGUUGUGAAGGCCGGGUACGGGAGACGCAUGGCGGAUUGGGCUAAGUCUUUGACUUUAGACCAAUUCAUGGAGAUGGUAGAAGCUCGAUGGCUUAACCCACAGGAGGCUCAAAGAGCCACUGAUGCCAUUAACAAACUGGACCAAUGCAAGUUCAGGUCAGUUAGGGAGCUUACGACUACCGUUGAGAGCCUGAUCCUCGUCCCAGGUAUCAACUACAGCGACCAGUUCCAGUUGAAUACGUUUGUCAGAUGUCUCCCAGAGAACAUGAGGAACUUACUAGCCAGUGAGGCACGCACCGAGUACCACUCGUUUGAGACAUUGUCUAGGAAAGCCUUAGACUUAGAGGCCACGCUAGGCAAUGCUCAACCCACCUCAGGGAAUGACUCAAAGAAGAAGAAGAGUCCUCAGGAGUGGAAGAAGAAGGGGGUGAAGUUGAUGAUGGUUGAGUCUGGCGGGACUCAAACUGAGAUCGAUGAGCACUCUGACCUGAUGGACUACUCAGAGUAUGACGGCGAGGAGGUAGCUGAGGGUAGCACCCUCGCCGCGGCAGUUAAGACUAAGGCGGCAGGCCGAGGGAAGGGCCAGCCUAGAGGUCAAGGAAAGGCCGCCUCCAAUCAGACCAAACAGUAUGUGUCCGAGGCCUUAGAAGACUUAGAAGGCGAGUGGUCAAACAAGGACCCUCGCGAGUAUUGGGUGGCGCUAAAGAAGGGUCCUAGAGGGGAACAUUUCGUAGUGGAAGUGGAUGUAGGAGGCYGCAAAUGUGGAGCCUUCAUAGACAAYRGAUCCACGCGAAAUUACAUAAGUCGCGAUUGUUUGGAAAGGYUGCACCUACAGGACCGGGUACGGCACCUUAGUAGACCAGUAGYAUCUACUUUGGCCAACAAAGAKCGCAUGAUUGUCACAGACUACAUCAAGGACGUAGUCUGUACCUUCUCCUAUGGAGGAGGAGAGCUUAACCAUAAGAUCUCGUUCUUGGUUAGCGACGACUUGCCAUUCGAAAUGUUGUUAGGCAUGUACUACCUCGAAGUUGCUAAGCCCCAGUUCGACUGGGAAAAGAAGAUGCUUAAGCAUAAGUUGCCCGAUGGCCGAACUGUCAGAUUGACUAAGUUCAAGGCCAGCAGUAUUGUAGAUACCUAUGGUUGCUUGUGUGCAUCAGCGUUCUAUAACUACUACAAGCAAAACCAAGAGGAAGGUAUGUAUCUCGUUUAUGUAUCUAGGAAGGGGGAGGCCGUUAAAACACCCCCAAAGAUAGAAAGCGUCGUUGCUAAGUUCCCCGAUCUAUUCGAGGAGCCCUUAGGAGUUGUUGAUAGGGAAGUCGUCCACGCUAUAGAAAUCAUUCCAGGGAGUAAGACCCCAAAGGGAAGGAUCUAUAGGAUGGCCCCUGCCGAGUUAGAUGAACUUCGGAAGCAACUCAAGGAGCUGACAGAGAAGGGAUGGAUUCGGCCUAGUACUUCCCCUUACGGAUCACCCGUGCUAUUCGUACCAAAGAAGGGGGGUACUUUGAGGAUGUGCAUUGACUAUAGAGGCCUCAAUGCCAUCACUUUGAAGAACGCAGAGCCUCUACCUCACAUAGACGACCUAUUGGAUAGGGUGCAGGGAUGCAAGUACUAUACUAAGAUAGACUUGAAAUCCGGAUAUCAUCAGAUCGCAAUAAGACCUGAGGACCAACACAAGACAACUUUUCAGACUAGAUAUGGUCUGUAUGAGUUUGUUGUGAUGCCUUUUGGUCUUUGCAAUGCGCCGGGUACAUUCCAACACGCUAUGAAUCGGAUCUUCCAUGACCAUUUAGAUAAGUUUGUCGUAGUCUAUCUAGACGACAUUCUGAUCUUUAGUAAGUCUGCCGAGGAGCACGCACAGCAUGUUGAGACAGUUCUCUCACUCCUGCAACAGCACAAGUAUAAGGUCAACUUAGAGAAGUGCGAGUUUGGCCGCACUAAGAUACUAUACUUGGGUCAUGAAGUAUUCCCGGAGGGGAUUAGGCCGGAAGAUGCGAAGGUGGCUAGUAUUCGAGACUGGCCACGACCUCAGACAGUCACUGAGGUUAGAUCAUUCUUAGGAAUGUGCAGCUACUAUAGGAACUUCGUUAAGAACUAUUCUACAGUCGCCUCUCCUUUGAUUGAUCUAACUCGACUUGACACACCGUGGGACUGGAGUGACGAGUGCGAGGGUGCUGUCAAGAAAUUGAAGCAUGCACUCAUGAAUCAUGAAGUUCUCAUGGUUCCCGAUCCGCAAAAGCCAUUCAUAGUGACCACUGACGCAAGCCAAUACGCCAUUGGCGCAGUGCUGGCUCAGCAGGAUGGGAAAAAGUUGAGACCGAUUGAGUACAUGAGUAAGAAGAUGCCAUCGAAGAAGUUGGCUAAGUCCACCUACGAAAGGGAACUCUAUGCUCUCUACAAGGCACUUGUCCAUUGGAGACACUUCCUUCUAGGAAGAGUAGACUACCUAGGUGCGCUAGUUUCUGAAUUUGGCGUAUCUAAUGAAGUAACUCAAUCAUUGGUGAGAGCCUAUCAGGAAGACCCUGUCACGAUGGACAUCAUCCGCAAACUUCAGGCAAAAGACAAGGCCACAGAAAGUGAGUUUGCGAUUGUGGAUGGGCUAAUCUAUCUUGAUAAGGCCGGAGUAAAGAGAUUGGUAGUUCCAUCUAGUGAACAGUUGCGUAGUUUAUUUUUAGGAGAAUGUCAUGACGCAACUGGGCACUUUGGCUACAAGAAGACGAGUGCUAACUUAGUACAGCGAUUUUGGUGGCCCAGAAUGUUAGAUGACACAAAGAAGUAUGUUGAGACCUGUCAGGUCUAUCAGCGGGACAAGCCGCGACCUCAAGGACCGCUUGGGCUAUUGAAGUCGUUACCUAUUCCUGAUGGUCCAGGAUUGAGUGUUUCCAUGGAUUUCAUGGACACUCUUGUGACCAGCAAGAGUGGUAAGAGGCACAUGUUCGUCAUCAUUGACCGAUUCACCAAGUACGCUAGACUAAUACCAAUGCCAGAGACAGCCAGGACAGAAUACGUCAUCAAGUUGUUCAAGGACAACUGGGUAAGGGACUUUGGUUUACCAAAGACCAUCAUUAGUGACCGAAACGUCCGAUUUACAAGUGAGCUGUGGAAGAAGACUGUGGAACAGAUGGGCAGUCAACUUCAAAUGACUUCAGGGAAUCAUCCCGAAGCCAACGGACAAGCCGAACAGAUGAAUAGAGUUGUACAGCACUUGCUGAGGUAUUACAUCAAGCCCAGCCAGGAUGACUGGGAUGAGCAGUUACCUCUCAUCGCCAGCCUGUACAACAAUGCUAUACAUAGCAGUACCGGCGUUAGUCCUAACCAGCUGCACUUAGGAUGGAAGCCUAGAUCUGCAUUAGACUUUCUCCUACCUGAAAACCGACCUGCUGCAACUCCAGGCACUCUUGAAUACGGUGUGCAAUAUGAGAAGUUGCUGCAAGAGGCUGUUGAACAUAUGAAGAAGGCUCAGCAAGCCAUGAUUGCUUCUGAGAAUCAACAUCGCAGGCAGUCCACAUUUCAGGUAGGGGAACGUGUCUGGGUCAAGGCUAGUGAGUUAGGACAGGAAUUCGGAAUAUCUCGCAAACUAAUGCCUCAGUACUUYGGUCCCUGGGAAGUCUUGGAUGUAGUGGGAGAUGAAAUGGAUGGUCCUACGUGGGAGGACGCAGUGACUGGCCUGGGCUCAGGCAGCAGCAGCAAUCAACGGACGCAAACUCAACAAAGGCGAUCGUCCACCGGCUCGCAAUCCGGCAGUAUAGCAGGUAGCCAAUCUGAACAUGGAGAUGGCAGUCCCAUGAGAGGACGAGGAAGAGGCAGAGGCAGAGGCAGAGGCUCCAGUACAAGCAUCUCUCAACCGGGACGAUUUGUGUUUGCCACUGGCGAAUCUGCGGCACCGAAUACGUGUUAUGCAUGUGGCCAAGAGGGUCAUUGGGCCAACAAUUGCCCCAACCGAGGAUAACCCCACCACGUGUCGUUGUAUCUCAUUUCUUUCUCUUGUCUUUAUGUUAUGUUUUUUUAACUUCUUUCCAAUGCCACCCUUGUCAAGCAGGAAGUUAGCACCUCCCAAUGUGAAUAUUUCAUGCGGAUUUUUGUUGAGGAUGAAUUACAAAUAUCCUUGCACAGGAGUAUUCGAGUACAUCGACACGAAAUCAUUCCGGCUUUUCAAUUGGAGUGAAAAAGGAGACAGACAACGAAACUGCUCAGUAAACUGUAGGCAAAGAG